CUCAUCCAUAGAAUCUAUAUAUAUAUAUACAAGCAUACGAGGGAUUCUAACUAUAUUGUAAUUAUUAGUAAAAAACCAUACGAUAUUAUUGAUAUUUAAUCCAUACAUACCUAUUGAUAAUAUGGUGACUGAUCAGAAGACCUCUACAUCGCCGGUGUCUGAGACCGAGACGCCUUCAUCGGUGAAAGCUCUCAAACCUCUCUCUUCGGCAAACACAAAAUCAAACAUCAAACCCGACGCGGACACUGUAACCAAAAACACGUUCAUCAAAGGAGGUGUAAAUAUGAAUACUAAUACGAACGAAGACGUGGAGAAAGAAAAUAUGGAGGGUAAGCCAAUGGUGAAUAAUGAACUCGAUAUGGAUGAUUCAGAAAACGAGCAUCUAAAGUGUGAAUUAACGGGGGUGAGUAAGGAGUGGGUGCAAGCUGAGGUUGCCGCCGAGAAGGAGCAGGUGGAGCUAUUCAAUCACAAGAAGCAAGAGCGUGUAAAUGAGGUGGCAGCCAUGACAGAGACGAGCAAGAAUGCGUCACUCAUAAACCUCAACUCGUUGGUGGAUAAGACCUUGUUCUACACCAAGUUCUUGAAGAAGCGCAUGGAGGAGCGUCAGAAGGAACAGGCGGAGAAAGAGGCUGCCAAGGCGAAACGCGCCGAAAAGAAACGAGCGAAACAGAAGGAAGCCUCUGCAAGGGUAGAGUCGGCCGAACCGUGUACAAAACGAGUUAAACGAAGCAAAGGAACUCCAGUGCAGACUACCCUGAUGGGCACCAAACUAUCUACAGCUAUAGAGAAUCCCACCAAAGCAACUGAAGGGAAGAGGGGCGGGAGAAGAGGUCGACCGAAAGAAGUGGUGCCUGCGCUGACUCUGGAUUUGGAUGCUGUGGCCCAAUCGAAGAUGUCACAUGCCAACGAUGGCUUAGGUAAGACGCUUCAGUGCAUCGCGUUCAUCUGCUAUCUGCUGGAGAUGGGUGUUGACGGCCCGUUCUAUGUGGUGACGCCCCUGAGCACGCUGCAGAACUGGGUCAACGAGUUCAACCGAUUCGCCCCUACGAUCAAUGCUAUACUUUACCACGGACGACCUGAGGAUAGGGAGGAAAUUCGCGAGCAAGUGGAAGUAUAUCGUCGUAGACGAGGGCCACCGUUUAAAGAACCUGAAUUGCCGUCUGAUUCAGGAGCUGAAGUCCUAUUUCUCGGUCAAUCGGUUGCUACUGACGGGUAA